UUUCUAUAUCAUGUCAUGGCCGUUUACUGGUGUUACAAAUACGCUUUACCGGCUAAAUGGCAAACCAUUGUUUUUGCAAUAUUCAUGUACGUCUACACUGGUUUCGGGAUUACCGGAGGAGCUCAUAGACUGUGGACGCACAAAGCAUAUAAAGCUAAACUUCCUCUGAAAAUAUUUUUACUCGUCGGCUUGGCAAGCGCAGGGCAGAAUUCUCUAGAACAAUGGGUACGCGACCAUCGAGUGCACCACAAAUAUAGUGAUACAGAAGCUGACCCACACAACGCGAACCGCGGCUUGUUCUUCUCUCACAUUGGGUGGCUUAUGAUGAAGAAAAACGAGCAAGUGUUGAGGCGUGGUAAGCAGAUGGACAUGAGCGACAUAACUGACGAUCCCCUUCUUCAAUUUUAUAAUAAAUACUUCUCAUAUUUGAAACUGCUAUUCUGCUAUAUUUUACCGCUCUUCAUCAAUGUUUGCCUGUUGGGUGAAACUUGGCAAUGUUCUAUAGCGUGGCAAUGGUUUAUACGUUUCCUGUCCAUGUUCCACAGUGAACUGACGGUAAACAGUCUUGCACACGCACAUGGAUACAGACCUUAUAACAAGGAUAUAAUACCGAGAGAAAACCGCUUGGUAGCUACUUUGACUCUGGGCGAAGGUUGGCAUAAUUACCACCACGCCUUCCCCUUCGAUUAUAAAGCAGCGGAACACUUUGAUAUGUUUAAUUUUGGCUCAUUUUUCAUUAAGUGUUUCGAAAAGAUCGGCUGGGCCUAUGACUUACGGCAGGCUACACCGACCAUGAUCAACUCCAUAGCACAGAGGCUGGGUGAUGGAACUCCAAUACACUAUCCGUUGGAAAAUGUUGAACCUGAAAAAGAAUGAUUAAAAAUAAUAUAAAUUGGA